AAAAAAAAAAGAAGAAAGAAAAUGUGAUAUCGAUAAGAAAACCUUGAUGGACAUGCAUUUUAUAUUGUACACUCGCCAUGCCCGAAUGUUAUUAUUCUUGUUGUUGGCCUUUUCAUAUGCUUUUGAUCGUACUCUGUCAGGUGAUAGUAGUGACAGCUGCUCAAUCUGCUGACGAUGGCCGUAUAAUCAAUGCAGAGCUGAUGCCUUUAGUACCCUAUCAGGUGUCAGUGCGUCUGAAAUCCAUUGAUGAACUCGAUUUUGGAGCUGGUCAUAUAUGUGGUGGCAGUCUAAUCUCUCAACGCGUUGUACUCUCAGCUGCUCAUUGUGUGGUCGAUACUCAGGCCAGUCCAAUGCGUUUUCGUCGUGCUGCUGAAUUCCGUAUGGUUAUGGGUAAUAUCGAUCUCUAUUUGCCCACACCAUAUGUGUACAAUGUUCUCUAUGUAUUCUGUGAGCCAACAUUCAAUAUAACAACACUUGUCAACGAUAUAGCCGUGUUCUUUAUGGAUGGCAGUGUGCCCAAUGGAUUGACGGCCGUUCAUCCGAUUGCAUUAAAUUUCUUGGCCAUACCCAGCGGCACUAUAUGUCUAAUAACAGGAUGGGGUGUCACGCGAAGUGGUUCUUCGCAGGUGUCGCCUCUGUUGAUGGGCGCCGAGGUGCCCAUUGUGAGCAAUACGAUCUGUGCCAAAGCUUAUGCCAAUUUCAAGAAUCUAACCAUUACCCAGGGCAUGCUUUGUGCCAGCAACAUGCAGAUGGAUAGUGCCGAUGCUUGUCAAGGUGAUUCUGGUGGACCGUUGGUCUGCAGCGAUGGCACACUAGCCGGCAUUGUGUCCUGGGGCAAUGGCUGUGCCCAAUAUGGUUAUCCGGGGAUCUAUACAAACAUCUCGAAUUAUAUCAAGUACAUUAAAUACGUGAAUUCUACACUUGAUUAUGGAUAUUAUGAAUCAGCGUCAAAUCCUCUAUUGGCGCCAUAUUUCAUCACAUUGUUGCUGUUGCUAAUGACCCUUCGGAUGAUGUGAUAUACAUACAAUACAUAUAUAUAUAUAUGUAUUUGUAGAUAG